AUGACAACAUCCCGCCUCACGCUCGCCUGGAUAGCAGCGUACCAGCUGCUCCUCUGGGCAGCAGUCUACUACGGCACGUACCUCUUCGCAACGGGCACCGAGCUCGGGCAGGUGCUCGUCGACGACUGGCUGGCAUGGUAUCGCUCCUUCGACCCCCUCUGGCGGCAUCUCAUCAAAGCUGCCGCCGCACUCGCCGUCGUUCCCGUCACGCUUAUGUGGCCUAAUAUCCUCAUUGGGAGCAGGUACAUUAUCGACACUAUCAAGUUUGGCGCGGGGCUCGCCAAGCCCAAGGUGGGCGGGCGGGUCGUGUAG